CUUGUAACUUUGACCCAGCGACUAUGAAAACACUCCCAGAUUUGUCAGGACAUUGCGUCAACUCGGCCCUCGGUGUUGAUCGCGUAAAUUGACCCAAUAUACCUAUGGAAGGUUCCUUAUUGUCGGCCAUGCCUAUCUAUCGGAUCACGGUCGGGUCUGGGGCAAACGGUUUGACUCUAUUCCCGGCCGGGAUGCGCCGUUAUGGAACCAACGAUUUCCUGCCGAGACGGCCCCACAGAGACCAAGGAUUGAAAGACCGACCAAAUCCCGACGCCCUUUGCACGACAUAUAUGCCCCAAGCAGCUUUCCGUUGA